AUGGUAACUGCGGCAAAGCCCACAACGAUCACUCAUGCUGUAACCCUGGCUGUCAGCCUUACUGAGGAUGUUGUCCGUAUGAAGAAGUUAUCGCUGAACCCUACUCCGAAAACCGAGACGCAUGCUGAGUCAUCUGGUGACAAGAAGAGGAAGCAUUCGAAUCUAAAUCAAGCAACGCGUAACAACAACAAGGGCUCCAGCAAUAAGAAACGUGAACCCAAUCCACCCAAGGAAACAAAAGCUCUUGCAGCUAUGAAUGACGCACCUCCUAGAGGAUACCAGGGAACUCUGCCCAAAUGCAAUCAGUGCAAGCGUCAUCAUGAAGGAGUUUGUCGCAUUCCAAAAUGUGACAAGUGCGAAAAACUGGGUCACCGCACCGAGAACUGUCGGGGAAAAGGAAAUGGUAAUAGAAACGGGAAUGGAAACCGAAACGGUGCUGGUAAUGUGAAUGGUAAUGGAAAUGGUAACCGAAAUGGUAAUGGAGCUGGGCAGAACCAAGGAUGCUUCGGAUGUGGUAGUAAGGAGCAUUUCAAGAAAGAUUGCCCAAGGGAGAACAACGCUCAAGCCUGA